AUGACCAAUCUUGCCACGCCAUUUAAGUUGGUACUUCACUAUAUUCUUCUUCAAUACCAGCGGCUUACAUUAUAUCUUUUUUGUGCUGCUGCUGCUGCAAUGUUUGCACUAACAGGAUUCAGCUCUUGUUCUUCAUCACUGUUUCAUCGCGAUAUCAAAUUCAAGCAUAUAAAUCCACGGAGAAGCAGUAGUUGGCGUGCCAGCAUAGCAGAGAGCGAGGAAUCCCAGUUUAAGAUUAAUGAAAACAAUGCCCGAGAAGCACUAAAAAAGUUGGACCAGCAACUAGAGUUACUCUCCCAGAAGGACACCCUCCCCCGGAGAAGACCAACCACUUCUGCCCCUGAACCGAAGAAGGAUAGAGAAUGGAUAAUUAGAAUGAGAACUGAAGAAAUGCCGGAGAUCUCUACAUCAUUUCUAGCAUAUUCUGCUUUUGCGCUGGUUCUUCUCACCAUCUUUAAUAACAUAAUCUUCAAUGUAUACAUAAAGCCCAGUAUUGAUGGCUAUGAAGAAGUCACCAAGAUUCAAAGAGUACCUCUUCUUGAUCCUAUGGAACAGCAAUCACCACAGCUUGCAGAUCAGCAAUAAAAACACUAGUUAUGGAAAAUGAAACCAAACAAGAAGUUCACAAUUAAGCUUAAUGUGGCCCAGUUUAUAUAGAAUAAGUGUUACUUAUUGUAAGAAAUCUCCUUUAUCUAUACUUUGACAUGGAUUUGAAACAGGAUAUGUGAAUCAAUUAUCUGUUGUCUGUUUGCUUUUGAAUUCCUUCAA